AUGGUCACUUCUACACCGAAUGCUAGCCAAGAGAUUCACAGACUGCAAGUGACAGAUAGUGAUAUAGCUAUUAUGGAGCGAACCCCGUCUCCACCACUGCUAAUCUCAGACCCCUCGAUAUCUGACACUGAGGGGUCCCUUAUAAAGAUAACAGCAGCCGAUUGUGAUUGUGAACAUCCUCUGUCUUCUACUCAAGUCAUGGCGGAACAUAGUGGUAGCACGACGAAAACGAAUCCCCAUGUGACAUUUGAUAGG